ACUUCAUAAAGCCGCUUUCGCCGCUGGCUGUCGCCGCGUUUUGCCUCCGCAGCAGCUCUGGGCUCUUCUCAGCUGCGCGAGCAGCUGCUCCAAUGCGCCGGAGUGGCCAUGGGCGCCCCGCACUGGUGGGACCAGCUGCAGGCUGGUAGCUCGGAGGUGGACUGGUGCGAGGACAACUACACCAUCGUGCCUGCUAUCGCCGAGUUCUACAACACGAUCAGCAAUGUCUUAUUUUUCAUUUUACCGCCCAUCUGCAUGUGCUUGUUUCGUCAGUAUGCAACAUGCUUCAACAGUGGCAUCUACUUAAUCUGGACUCUUUUGGUUGUAGUGGGAAUUGGAUCCGUCUACUUCCAUGCAACCCUUAGUUUCUUGGGUCAGAUGCUUGAUGAACUUGCAGUCCUUUGGGUUCUGAUGUGUGCUUUGGCCAUGUGGUUCCCCAGAAGGUAUCUACCAAAGAUCUUUCGGAAUGACCGGGGUAGGUUCAAGGUGGUGGUCAGUGUCCUGUCUGCGGUUACGACAUGCCUGGCAUUUGUCAAGCCUGCCAUCAACAACAUCUCUCUGAUGACCCUGGGAGUUCCUUGCACUGCACUGCUCAUUGCAGAGCUAAAGAGGUGUGACAACAUGCGUGUGUUUAAGCUGGGCCUCUUCUCGGGCCUCUGGUGGACCCUGGCCCUGUUCUGCUGGAUCAGUGACCGAGCUUUCUGCGAGCUGCUGUCAUCCUUCAACUUCCCCUACCUGCACUGCAUGUGGCACAUCCUCAUCUGCCUUGCUGCCUACCUGGGCUGUGUAUGCUUUGCCUACUUUGAUGCUGCCUCAGAGAUUCCUGAGCAAGGCCCUGUCAUCAAGUUCUGGCCCAAUGAGAAAUGGGCCUUCAUUGGUGUCCCCUAUGUGUCCCUCCUGUGUGCCAAUAAGAAAUCAUCAGUCAAGAUCACGUGAUGGCAAGAUGGUGGCUGGCUUCUCUGCUUAUCGCCCCUCAUGCAGUGGGCUUCCUUUGCUAGGAAGACAGCCAAGGGAGUUCGAAUAGUUGGGGUGUGGGCUAUCUUUUCAAAAAUCUAUUUGCUGGGGCUCUUAAUUUCUUUAGUGUUCUUUGUAUGUAGGGAUUUAAACUUUGUCGUAUGGUACAAAUAUUCCCUGCCCCCCUGCAGUUUCCCAUUUGUCUUUCAGUAUAUUAAUAUUUUUGUGCCAUACUGGUUUUAAACUUUCAUGUUGUCACAUCUGUUAAUCUUUUCUUUGGGAUUUCUGGAUUUUGUGUAAUUUUUAAAAAGAUCCGCUCCUCCUCCCUAAUGUGUCUGUGGACCACCUGGAUUCCACUGUGCAAGGGGAAAAGUGUCUAUUCCUUUCCCAAAGAUGGAAAAUGGAGGGCUUAGGGACACUAGCUGCAUCUUUCUCAGCAUCACUUCCAGAUGCAGUGACUUGUUGGGCUGCGUCCUUAAUGGCCAUGGCAGAGCAGUCCCUUGGGGGAUCCAGCCCUGUACAGUGCAUCUCUUCCUGGAGAAAGCUGGCCUGCUCCAGACCCCACCAUUCCCAGGCGCCCUUGGAGUGGACUCUACUGAUGACAGACAGACCCUCUGAGAGACAAGACCCUCUGACUCUGUGAUGGAAGAUGCCAGAGAUUUUCCUUUGGGGUAGUUGUCCUUAAACAAAACCAAACAGAUGAAACACACACAGGACUUGUGGCUAAAAAGGCUAGUUUUUCACUUGCAUUUCUCAACUAACCCAGGUUUUACAUGCAUCUGUGAAUCCUUUUACUACUACCUCUGUGGAGAGAUGGAGAGACUUCAGAUAAACGUGAAGCUAAUGAGUAAAACCCUGUCUGCCAAAACCUACACUCCACUUUAGGCCAUUCUUGAAGAUGAGCACAAUUUUUAAAUACUGACAUCACUUCCGCUUCACCCUCCCACCCCAGCUCAGCAGCCUCAAAUCUACAGAGAAGAAGAAUUAUGGCAUGAACAUUCCCACAGACCCACCAUCUUUAAGACUUGACCUCCGUAAGUUUACCAAAGGGCUCCUCACAAUUGUGGUGGGGGUUCUAGUUCAAAAUUUGGAGCAAACAUUAAGUUUUUGGAAACGUUUUCUCAUUUGAACUGUACUAUUCUGGAAAUUACCUUCAAGAGUCUCACUUCUUGUUUCUGUUGUGUUUUCUGUGGGCAUCAUGCUCUUCACGCUUGCAGUAGAAGGUGCUUUCUGGGUUUCCCGGAGUAUCCAACGGCUCACUUUUCUCAAGUGCUGGCAGUAGCUAUGCACUCACGGGCUGGUUUGGGUCGCUGGUACAGCAGCACAAAUCUGUUGUCUUCUGAAUUUUUCUCACCUAAUGUGACACUGGCUACAAUGAAUCUUCUCUUCAUCGGGCUGAAUGAAAGAUUCAAGAACCGUCUUCAAGGUGCAUGGUGGGAAUUAUCAACCUCAGGGAUACUCAUUUUAACUCAGGCGUGUCCUGCUUUGUAACAUUCCAUUGUUGGGAGAGGGCAGGACAGGUGUGUUCUUGUGUGGGCAGGAGUCAUGUCACUGUCCUACAUAUGUAAGAGUUGGGAAGGUGACGAUUUUUGACACAUCCAGGAACUCUUACUCUAGUUAGAAUUUGUACAAGAUCCAAGGUGAAAACCCCAAUAAGCAACUGAAUUUAGAGUUUAAAAAUGAAUGACUUUAUGCUACAUCUGUGGUUAUCAAAUUAUAUAGGUUGUUCAGAAGCAGAACGCUGUUUGUAGUAAGAAAUCGUUGUGGAACCCCAGUGUGUGAAGUAAAUUGUAUUUUAUUAACUUAAAUUUAUUUAAGGUUAAAUUUAUGGCAUUUACUUAAUAAUAUAUGAGGUGGUGAAAAUGCAAAUUAACAAAUUGGUAAUUUCCAAGGUAGAAAAAUUAGGUGUUGAAUGAAUGUAUAUGUUGCUUUAUUAUAGUUUUUUAUAUAUAUAGAGAGAGUGUUUUGUUUUUGAGUCAGGGUCUUUGCUCUAUUACCCAGGCUGGAGUGCAGUGGUGCAAUCAUGACUCACUGUAGCCUCUGUCUCCCAGGCUCAAGCGAUCCUCUCACCUCAGCCUCCCCAGGAGCUGGGAAUACUGUGCAUGCCUCCACUCCCAGCUAAUUUUUGUAUUUUUUCAUAGAGAUGGGGUUUCACCAUUUUGCCCAGGCUGGUCUCAAGCUUCUGGGCUCAAGAGAUUCGCCUGCCUCGGCCUCCCAAAGUGCGGGGAAUAGGCAUGAGCCAUCACGCCUGGCCUAAAAAAUAUUUUUUAAAUGAUCUUUGAAUUAAAUAUUCAUAGAAUUUCUAAUGUACCUCUUUGAGACCUAGGUGAUUGAUGGAACAGAACUGCUGUUAAGUCCUUUGGGUUUCAAGUCUAGAAUUUUUUAAAGGCAAAUAUCAGCUCAUUCUUAUUUUAGAUUGAUCUUAUCAGGCAUGGAUUCUGGUCUCAUCUACUUUAUGGUAUAAAUGAUCCAAGGUAGGGGGUUUGGUAUAUAUUUUAAGCCCAGCUUUUUUUUUUUUUUUUUUUUUUUUUGUGAGAAGCAGAAUGUGCUUCUAGAAACUGGUUUUUUUUUUUUUUUUUUUUUUGAGACGGAGUCUCGCUCUGUCGCCCAGGCUGGAGUGCAGUGGCGCGAUCUCGGCUCACUGCAAGCUCCGCCUCCCGGGUUCACGCCAUUCUCCUGCCUCAGCCUCCCGAGUAGCUGGGACUGAAGAGAUGAGCUGAGAAAGAAAUGUGGAAUGGAGUAUAUUUGAGGAGGACAAAACAUAACCUCACUUUUGAACAGAAAUCACUCUAGCUUGCCAGCAUGGGAUGUAAACCAAGAGAGAAGAAAUAUACCCAUCUUAUUUUAAGUUGGGUUUAUGGCAUCACUCAUUUAUGUAAAAGCACUACAAACUCUUUAAAGAAAAUUGGGAAACUACAGAGAAGUCAAAGAAAAAAAAAAGUAACCCAUAUUUCUAUUGCCCAGGUAUAAUCCUUGUUAAUAUUUUGGUUUGGUCUCCUCUUUUUUCCCCCAAUAUAGUUGUAAAUAAAUGAUGUCUUUCAGAGUUGACAUUUAUCCUGUAGCUUGAAUGGCAUAUAAAUGCCAGUUGUAUAUUUUUUUCAUGAAGUGUAGGUUUGGAAUACACUAGAGUUAGGUAGAUCAGCUUGAAUGCUGGACUGACUACUGAGUCUACCUUUUUAAUCAAGCCUAACAUGAAUGGGCUCCAAAAAGUAAUGAAUGUAAUUGUACUUUUUGAUGUGCCUCUGCACUUGGCUUGGUGAGUCAUCAUAAAUAGCUGUUAAAUAUGUGACUUUACAGAUUUUGAUAUGUUCAGAUUGUAAAAAAUGAAUAGUUUAUUUCAUUAAUUGAUGGGCAGUCAAGAAUCUCCCUCCCUUCAGUAGGGCUGACACUUAGGAGUUAGGUCAUGGUUGUGGUUACUUGGCAUGGCUAAUCAGAUUUUGUUCUGGUCAGAAUUUGCCCAAGAUCAAUACCCAGCAGAAACAGGAGUUAGGCUAUAAAAAACCAUUCAUGUUUCCGAGUGAUCAUUUCAGUCAGCGAUUCAUGUUUUACAGUGUUUAGUUGUUGAUUAUUAGAAAAAGUAAUAUUUUCUUCCCUUUAUGAUUACAUCAUUAUAAAUCAAGUCCUUCCAUGAACACAUUUAAGGUGUGUGGAGAUGAGAUGUCUGAAUCCAUUUGGGGACGGGCUGCAUUUUUGGGGAACUCUAUGCCUGUCCAGUGAAGAGUGCCUAAAACAUUAAUUAUAGAUCAAAGAUGUUCUGUUGAGGGACAAAGCUUGAUGGUCAUCAAACACAAGGCUUUGUAAAAAUACGACCACCUAUUCCACUUACUGGAUCUCUCAGGUGUGUAAAACUUCUCUUGCCAGUUCAUCAUGCUUCCAUGAGCCCUCAGGACUGGGAUUUGAGCCUUCCUGGCUCUUUAUCCCUUGGGGCAGACAUGGAACCAUCUCUGAGGGACCAGGUGGAUGCUGAAGCUCACCCAGUCAGGGCCCCUCUCCUAGCUCCUUUUACACUGAAAUUAAUCUGAAAGCUUUCAUAGCCAAGGCUUUGCCUAGGUGCUAUUAUUCCAGCUGGCCAAAGAGAAGUCUUGGGCCAGAUUGGGAUUCUCAAUGGAUUUUAUAGACAUAAUUCCCCUGCAAACUUAAAAAAAUAAAUGACCCCUACUUUAUAGGACUAAUUGUUUGAAUUGUAUCUUUCUCUGUAUGUUAAACCAGAUUUAAAACUAUUUUAUAACCACAAUAUGUAAUCAGAGCAAUAUAGUGUUUUCAGAUAUAUACCUUGUUUUAUACCUUAUGUAGGUGUCCUACAUAAGGGUGGCAUGCCCACUGGCUGUGGUAAAAUUUAAUCCUCAUUGCUUUGGGAGUGACUUAAGGCCUUUUGAAGUGGAGCUUUUGCACUUUAUACUUUUUCUGUGAACUAUGAUAACUAUAUUUGAUAUUAAAGCUGUAAGUGGCAUUUUCAGCAAAUGAAUAUGUACAUGUUUGUGUCUAUUUCCAAAAUGAUUUCUGAACUAUCUGCAGUGAACAUGUAUCUGAUGGAUUGUAGAGCAAAGCACAUUGCCUAAAUUCAUUUGUUAAUGAAUUGGGUACCAUUGUUAUUAAAAAUGCGUAAAGUAA